GACCUUCUCGCUACACUGCAAAACGAGCGUGAAGGGGUCCGAUGGCGGAGAGUGCAGCGGAGGCCCUAGCAAAGAGUGGUGGCGGUGAAGAUUUAGGGGCCGGCGCGCUGGUACCGGGAGUGGCACCCAUUAAACCUCGAUACCUCACUACCAAGGAGAAGUUUCAUGAAUUCCUGGAAACCAGAGAGCAGGAGAAGCCCAGCCAGGACACUGGGGAAGGAAACCAUUAUGUCCAUGACCUGGCUGAGCCCGAGACCAAGAGGAUCCGACUGGAGGAUGGACAGCCUGGACAGCUGGGAGAGGGUCCCACGGAGGAGGCAGCUGAGCACCUUGAGCAGCCUCAAGCUCAGAAGAGGGCCCGGGGCCAGAACAAGGGCCGGCCUCAUAUAAAACCUACCCACUAUGACAAGAACAGGCUCUGCCCCUCCCUGGUGCAGGAAUCAGCUGCUAAAUGUCUUUUUGGUGACCAUUGUCGCUAUCUACACGACGUGAGCUGCUACCUGGAGACCAAGCCAGCUGACCUGGGCCCUCGCUGUGUUCUAUUCGAGACCUAUGGCAGGUGCCCUUAUGGUGUGACCUGCCGCUUUGCUGGGGCCCAUCUGGGGCCCAAGGGCCAGAACCUGGUACAGGAGGAGGUGGUCCAGGCCCCUCCUGUCCGCAACAGCUUGGACAAGGUUCUGCAGCAGCAGCUGAGAAAGCGCAAGAUCCACUUCGAGCGUGCUGAACAGGCCCUGCACCAGCUAGGCAAGGGCCACCUGCCAGGCCCCACCCCUUCUGCCACUGUCCCUAUGGUCCCAGGGGUUGAGAGUGCCCAGCAGGCCCCCCUGGGGCCCUGCACUGGUACCCCUCCCAGCAGCCCCAUGCAGACCUGCGGGCCCCUGACGGAUGAGGAUAUAGUCAGGCUGCGGUCUUGUGAGAAGAGGCGGCUUGACAUCACUGGCAAAUUGUACCUGGCCCCCCUCACCACGUGUGGGAACCUGCCCUUCCGGCGAAUCUGUAAGCGCUUCGGGGCUGACGUGACAUGUGGGGAGAUGGCCGUUUGCACCAACCUGCUUCAGGGCCAGACAUCUGAGUGGGCCCUGCUCAAACGCCACCAGUGUGAGGACAUCUUUGGUGUGCAGCUGGAAGGUGCCUUCCCUGACACUAUGACCAAGUGUGCUGAGCUGCUGAACCGCACCAUCGAGGUGGAUUUCGUGGACAUCAACGUUGGCUGCCCCAUUGACCUUGUGUACAAGAAGGGUGGGGGCUGCGCGCUCAUGAAUCGCUCGGCCAAGUUCCAGCAGAUCGUUUGUGGCAUGAACCAGGUGCUGGACGUGCCGCUGACGGUGAAGAUCCGCACGGGUGUCCAGGACCGCGUGAACCUGGCACACCGGCUGCUGCCCAAGCUGCGGGACUGGGGGGCAGCCCUGGUCACGCUCCAUGGCCGCUCUAGGGAGCAGCGCUACACCAAGCUGGCCGACUGGCAGUACAUCAAGCAGUGUGUGACGGCGGCCAGCCCCAUGCCCCUGUUUGGCAACGGGGACAUCUUAUCAUAUGAGGACGCAAACUGUGCCAUGCAGACUGGUGUCGCUGGAAUCAUGAUUGCUCGUGGUGCCCUGCUCAAGCCAUGGCUGUUUACGGAGAUCAAGGAGCAGCGACACUGGGACAUUUCAUCAUCUGAGCGCCUGGACAUCCUGCGAGACUUCACGAACUAUGGCCUGGAGCACUGGGGCUCGGACACGCAGGGUGUGGAGAAGACCCGCCGCUUCCUCCUUGAAUGGCUCUCCUUCCUGUGCAGGUAUGUGCCCGUGGGUCUGCUGGAGCGGCUCCCACAGAGGAUCAAUGAGCGGCCCCCCUACUACCUGGGCCGAGACUACCUGGAGACGCUCAUGGCCAGCCAGAAGGCAGCCGACUGGAUCCACAUUAGUGAGAUGCUGCUGGGACCCGUGCCACCCAAUUUCGUCUUCGUGCCAAAACACAAGGCCAAUGCGUACAAGUAGCUGCAGGAGUGGGGGGGGCGUCGGAGGGUCCCCACAGUGUGUGAGAAGACAAUAAACUUUAUUC